GAGGAAAAGUGCCCCCUCAUUGGUGUCAGUAAGAGGAAAAGUGUCCCAUCAUUGGUGUCAGGGGGAGGAAUAGUGCCCCAUCAUUGGUCUCAGUGGGAGGAAAAGUGUCCCAUCAUUGGUGUCAGUGGGAGGAAUAGUGCCCCAUCAUUGGUAUCAGUGGGAGGAAAAGUGUCCCAUCAUUGGUGUCAGAGGGACAGGUGAGGGGCAGUG